AGGUACGAAUAAUGGAACAGAAGCUGGCGUGGUCUGUGCAGAGUGACUCCAACAGCGCUCAGAUCAACCGGCUAGAGGGAGAAGUUGAGGAGCAACGACAGCUGCGCUUGCACGACGCCAAACAGGUCGAGGCCAAGGCUGCUCGCAUUAAAGAGUGGGUGACGAACAAACUCAAGGAGUUGGAGAUCCAGAACCAAACCUUGCGAGAGCAGAACAUCAAAUGCAACCAGCAGCUCGAACUACUGAGGAAUCAUCUCGCCCUGACUGAAAGGAGACGAUCAGAGAGCAGUUCGCCGGAAGGGAGACAGUUUCCUCAACCGUCUACCGGAUCGCUAACUCAAAAACAUCGCCGUCACCAGUCCGUCUGUCUGUCCACCAACACCAAUUUCGAACCUGUGAUACCAAGCACACUCGUCACCUCUGUCAAUUUUGGCACCAGCACGUCCAGUAUGGAUCCAUUCACAGACGAGCUGCGUGCUGCCGUAGACAAUCUGAGUGUAGGAAGGAUACCAAGCAGCAGUGCCAGCGAUCCUGACCUAGCGCAUGAUUAUGCUGAGAUUUAUACGCCUAGUAGGGAAAAAGUGACGUGGCCUAGAGCUCCCACGCCGCCGCUUCAUAGGUUUCCUAGCUGGGAGGAUCGAAUAUAUCAGGUUGCAGCUGAUGGUUUAACCCUUACCGGUACCACACCAAGUGACUUGGGACCCGAACAGGCAGGGUAUCAAGAUAUACCAGUACCAGUAUACGCUACAGUUAAAGGAAGAGCUAGUCAGAUUAGGUCUAUGCCAUUUACGGGUGAUUCUUCCGAUGACUCCAGUGAUGGUGAAGGUAACAAUACUACGGCUGUUGAUGGAACCAAUACUCAUAGUCGAAGUUCAGGUGAUACAUCAGGAUCUAGUCCAGGAAAGCGAACAGCCUCAAGUAGUAGUGGCUCUCCUAGCAAAAGCAAAACUAGAGGUGUUUCAGAUACUUCCUUCGAAUCCGGCAUGUCGGAUGACUACGCAGUCCCCCCAGACGCUCUAAGUUGUGAUACUACAAGUCUAGAAUCCUCGUUGCUUCUCAGAGCUUCUUCGUAUUUAGAUAGUCCAAAGAGAAUAGAAAGUUUAGAAAAAUGUGGAUCGUUAGCUAAAUUAGGUGGUAAAUUGAAAACCUGGAGGAAGAAAUGGUUCGUCCUCAAGAACGGUGUUUUGACGUACUAUAAAAGCCAGAAUGAUAUUAAUAGAAAACCCCAAGGACAGAUACUUUUAGAUGAAAUUUGUAAAAUAACAAGAGCCGAGGGCUCAAAUACUUUUGAAAUAGAUACCGGAAAAAAGACUUAUUACUUAACAGCUGAUUCCUUGCCUGCUAUGGAAGACUGGGUUAGAAUUUUGCAAAACGUUCAACGAAGAAACGCAACUAAGUUAUUACUAAGUAGAGAUGAAAAUAAACCAAUUUUACAAGGCGUCCUUAAGAAAGUGAAAAAUGGAAUACCCCGUGAGUGUUGGUGUGUUCUUAUAGGGAAAAUGUUUUUGUAUUUUAAGAAGUCAACAGAUUCGACACCUCACGGGCAGAUAAACAUGAGGGACGCCAAAGUGGAAGAAAUAGAACAUUUGUCCGACUCAGAUUCUGAAGAACAGGACACAGAUCAGCCUAGAUUUACCGUCGGCAUAUUUCCCAAUAAUCAAGCUCCAACUUAUCUUCAUUUUACUGGUAAACAAGAAAAAGAUGCUUGGUUAUACCACCUCACUGUCGCGAGUGGUGGCGGACCUAGCACAGGCACUCAAUAUGAACAACUCAUACACAAAUUAAUGGAAGUUGAUGGUGAUCCAAAUUGUGUCCUAUGGAGACAUCCACUGUUACUACACGUGCCUUGUACGAAAGAUGGAGCCGUUCCAUCAUACUUUCCAUUGACCAGCUUACCUACUGAGAAUCUUCAGGCCGAAGCGAUCAAACUGUUCAAGUGCCUGCAACUCUUCAUGUCGGCAGCCGUGGAUCAAGCCGGCAUCGACUACCACGUGGUACUUGCUCAAAACGCCUUGCAACAAUGCCUUGACAUGCCCGAACUGCAGUCUGAGUUAAUCUGCGCCUUAGUGAAGCAAACGAGCAAAAGUGCUCCUCUGCCGAAACUCGGAGUCCAGGUAUCCACUCAAAAAUUGCUAAAAAAGAGCCAACUGCUCCUUUGCGCAACGCAAAGUCUCUUUACCUGCGAAACGAACACGCCCAGCAUAAAUAGCACCAUAUCUGACCAACAAAUCGCCUUAUCAAAUAUACAGGCAACACAAGAAGAGAAGUACAAGGAGCACAAGGAGUGCUACAAAGAGCAUAAAGACCCCAAAGGUCCACCCAUCUACACUCUCUUACAAGGUUGGCAGCUGUUGGCGUUAGCUGUUAGUCUGUUUGUGCCUAAAAAUUCGAUGUUGUUGUGGUUUUUGAAGCUUCACCUUCAGAGGAACGCUGAGAAUAGGACGGAGUGUGGAAAAUAUGCGGCGUAUUGUGAAAGAGCCUUGGAACGAACCAUUUUAGCAGGUGGUCGUGAACUAAAGCCAUCCAGGAUGGAGGUGCUGAGUAUUUUACUCAAAAACCCCCAACACCACUCAUUGCCCCAUUCCAUGCCCGUCCAUUUGCUCAACGGAACGUAUCAUAUCACUAGCUUCGACGGUUCUACAUCGAUCAAGGAAUUCCAAGACUCUCUUGCUCAAGAAAUCGGAUGUCGUACAAGCAAUGGAUUCGCCAUCUUCAGCGACGAUCCCAUCGAGAAGGAUCUGGAACACACGUUAGAUCCAGCUGCGAAGCUGUGCGAUUUAAUAUCCAAGUGGGAGAUUGCCUUGAGGGAGAAGGGGUUGGGGAAGUUCGAGAAUAGUAAAGUUAUUAGACUGACUUAUAAAAACAGGUUGUGGUGGAAAAACAGUGCAAAGCUAGAAACAGAAAAAGAACGACUUCUGCUCUGUUACCAAGUCAAUAAGCAAAUCGUGAACGGAAGGUUUCCAGUAACACGGGAAGCAGCCCUAGAAUUCGCCUCUCUUAUGGCUCAAAUGGACACGGGAGACUGUUCUUUAAUAUCUAACAAAAGCGCCAAUAAUACUUUAAGCCAUCAAGGAUCUUCCAACCUCCACAGAAGUCCGAAGUCUACUGGAAAUGGUACGCUCAGUCCACCUGUUUCGGUGCAAAAUUGCAGCGCUAUACAGAAUUCCAGCUCUAUACAGAACUCCAGUACUUUGAAUGCUUUAAAUAACGUGCAUGGGAUUUUAACGGCUCACUCUAACCAGGCUUUAAGUGCCAUUGACAAAUUUUAUCCUUACAGAUAUAGGGACCAAUUAAGCCAGGAAGGCUUGGCUGAACUUCAGGCCAAGUUGAUGGCAAAGUGGAGGGCACUCAAAGGGAAAACACAAGCUGACUGUGUUAGAGCAUAUUUGAAUUCUACCAGGAAGUGGCCAUACUUUGGCGCGGCUCUAUUUCAGGCAAGACUGCGUCAACAAGACUCACCCAUGAUCUGGCUGGCAGUAAACGAAGACGCCAUAACCGUUCUGGACCUAGCAACUAUGCAGCAACGAAUGAAAUACCCCUACACGAACGUCCUAACGUUCGGAGGCUGUCAGGAAGACUUUAUGCUGGUCGUGACCCAGAACGACCAAGUACCAUCCCAAAAACUAAUAUUCUCACUAAGCAAACCCAAAAUUCUUGAGCUGACUUUACUCAUCGCAGACUAUAUGAACUUGUUAAUCAAUAACCCAGGCACACCCCUUUUGGGCACACUCAGUAGAGGCACCAUGGUUUCUGUAAAUCAAUCCGUAGUGAACCAGUCGAUCAUAAGCCAGACCAUAGCGAACCAAAGCCAACCGGAUAUACUUAAGUCUACUCCUGAUCACGGAGUCCAAAGAUCAGACUCCAAGCGAAGAACUCACGUGGAUUCAGGUCUGGCGUGA